AUGCCAACGGCCAUCGCAGGCUUUACUAGGGGCCUUGGACGCCAUAUGUGGGAUGUGCGCAGGGCUGGGUUGAUCCGAACUCUCAAGUACUUCACCAUUGCCCAAUACAUCUACACCUUCCUCACGGCCGCUGUAAAGCUGGCUUUUCUCUUCUUCUACUACCGCAUUUUCCCCCGCCAUCUCAAAACCAUCAGGUACUUUGUAACCUUCGGUGUCGUCUUCGUCACCGUCGCCCCCUUCGUCCUCGUCUUUCUCACGAUAUUCUCCUGCUCCCCCCUUGGUCGUGCCUGGGAAGCCACCUCCCCACGUCACUGCUGGCACCAAAGCCUUCUGCCCUGGCUCUCUGCCGCCUUGAGCACAUCCACGGAUCUAUACGUCCUUCUGCUCCCAGUGCGCCCUCUCUGGAGCCUGAACACGACGACGCGCAAAAGAGUCCGCCUGGCAAUCGUCUUCAGUCUAGGCAUUCUGUAUGCCCGCCCAGUCCUAUAUCACCCUAAGACUGAAUGGCUGAUAACCCGUGCAAACAGCGCGCUUGCCGCAAGCCUUGCCCGGCUAGUAAUGACACGCGUCCUGGCAGACAGCCCAGACACAACCUGGCAAUUAUCCCGAAUUUCCCAAUGGGCGCUCACUUGCCAACACAGCACAGUCGAAGCCAACACGGGCAUCAUCUGCGCCUGCCUCCCCCUCCUUCCGGCGCUGUUCGACAAAUUAUGGCCCAAGAACAUAUCCUUCACGUUAUACAAGCGCUGGUCAAACGGCAGCCGGCCCAAGUCCUCCUGCCCCGCGGAGGAGUCGGAGCUUUCCCUGAAUCGGCACCAGCACCAGGCCCUGCAGCAGCAAGCCUGGCAGUACAGCAAGACGUCGCCCUUCGAUCUGGAGAUCCUACCGUCUGCAAAGUACCAUCAGCAUUGCUCUUCGUGGGCCACUGUCGAUAUCAAUGCCGAUGCUAAUGAGAGAGUGGAUGCAUGGGGCCUGACCACUACUAGUAGUAGUACUACCACUAGCGUCUGA